GUGAUUUGUUUGAGAAAGGAAUAGAUGCAUUUUUUGACAUGAAUAUAAGCUUCUCCACAACCGUGUCGACUUCGCUGGYUCUUACUAUUGUCUGCUGCUACCCUGGAAGCGUUGCUCCGUUUUUGCUUGAUGGCUCUCCGCACAGACCUGCAAUCGCUCUUGUAGCAAAGCCAAUAACSCCACCAUCCAGUGUAUUUCUAUUUGCCGCAGMUGAUGGAAAUGACGAAUACGAUGACUUUUACGCUGACUUCGAUCCGUCGGACUAUGAAAUUUACGACCAGGGUAGUCAAAGCAGUCAUUGGGACGACGACCAAUACACACGAGAUAUCGAUGCCGAUAAUUCGCCAGUCGAUUCCGAAGCAGUCAUCGAUCUGAUUAAAAAACGGUCUGAAAUGAGAAGUAUGCGACAGUAUAAAAAAGCCGAYAGUAUUCUAGAUGAUCUGUUAGAGAACUUUGGCGUCAUGGUUAGAGACAAAGACAGGAAAUGGCGGACAGGGUGUUCUCAAAGCAAAWUCGAUUCAAAUUGGUUGCAUGCGUCCACAAAACAGAAAGGAAACCUGAAUGGCAGGAAGAACUUCGGGCCCAAGGGCCAUGACUAUGUCUAUGAUAGCGAUGCUGGGCCCAGCAUCGCAUCGAUAUCGGAAGAAAAGAUCGAUGGAUUGUUGGCCGAAAUGCUUUCCUUCAAGUUCAAGAGAGAUUACGACGGUGCUGAUGCUAUUCAAGAAGAAUUAUUGUCUGCUGGAGUCUUAAUCGACGGAAAAACAAGGAAGUGGAGAGCCGAUGGCAAAUCCUUUUCGAAAUUCGCUCCAAAUGAAUACAAGAUGUUCCCACAUGCCUACGACAUAUCCCAUAACUUGAAAGAAAUCGAAAAACUGAUUAGCGAAAGGGCUUUGGCCCGGGCCGAACGAUUGUUCCGGCGGUCGGAUGAGAUUCGGGAUGAUUUGUUAGAAAGAUUUGAUGUUCGCAUAAACGACAAACUGCUCCUGUGGAGUGUUGGUGCGGACCAAACAUGGGGCAAGGCAUACGAGUCCUACACAAUGUCGGAUAGAUCUGCAGCACCGAGCGAUGCUGCGUUGGUCGAAAAAUUAGUGAAGGAGCGGGAUAUUGCCAGGGGCAACAGAGACUUCGGAAAGGCAGAUGAACUUCGUAGUCAGUUGUUGGAUUUGAACGUCACCGUUGAUGACAAGAAAAGGAUAUGGUACGUUCACAAAGGGUCAAAAACGGSUGGUAGGACUAUUUUGAACAGCAAAGAUUCUUCAGCCUAUAUCUAUCGCGGCAGGCAACAACAACUCCCACCGGACGAGUUCAAUGAAAUUCAGAAUUUGGUUAAUGAACGAGAUGGACACAAGAAGAAGAAAAGGUACAGAAAUGCGGACGCUAYUCGAUCUCGAUUACUUAAGGAUUACGGUGUAAGAGUUGAAGAUGGCACUCGUGAAUGGUAUGUUGCUGGUAACGAAUAUUGCAUGGCCCAAAAUAGUGCUGAAAUUGACGAAGAAAGUCGUAGUAAGGUUGAAGAAAUGAUUAAAGAUCGGACGCUAGCUAGGGGCGAGAGGGAUUAUGAGAAAGCAGACACGAUUAAGAAUGAGUUAUUUGAGAUCUACAACGUCGCCAUUGACGACAUCAACAAGGAAUGGAGGAAAAAGAAAUCAUUUUAGUUAGCUGCUCAUGACAGAUGACAAAAACGUAUGUAAUAUUCAACACUUACUUUCGAAUGCUAUAUUUUUGUAAUACAACAAUGUAUUGACC